GCUGAUGUGGAGGAACAGCUGAGAGUUCAAGAUGACGACCACCGUGGCCACGGACUACGACAACAUUGAGAUUCAGCAGCAGUACAGUGAUGUCAACAACCGCUGGGACGUGGAUGACUGGGAUAAUGAGAACAGUUCUGCGCGGCUCUUCGAGAGAUCCCGCAUCAAGGCGCUGGCAGAUGAGCGCGAAGCAGUGCAGAAGAAGACCUUCACCAAGUGGGUCAACUCUCACCUGGCUCGUGUGUCCUGCCGCAUCACAGACCUGUACACCGACCUCCGCGAUGGACGGAUGCUCAUCAAGCUGCUGGAGGUCCUGUCUGGGGAGCGGCUGCCCAAGCCCACCAAGGGCCGCAUGCGUAUCCACUGCCUGGAGAACGUGGACAAGGCGCUGCAGUUCCUGAAGGAGCAGAGGGUCCACCUGGAGAACAUGGGAUCCCACGACAUUGUGGAUGGGAACCACCGGCUCACGCUCGGCCUUAUCUGGACCAUCAUCCUGCGCUUCCAGAUCCAAGAUAUCAGCGUGGAAACGGAAGACAACAAAGAGAAGAAGUCAGCCAAGGAUGCACUGCUGCUGUGGUGCCAGAUGAAGACGGCCGGGUACCCGAAUGUCAACAUCCACAACUUCACCACCAGCUGGCGGGACGGGAUGGCCUUCAACGCACUGAUCCACAAGCACCGGCCUGACCUGAUUGACUUCGACAAGCUGAAGAAAUCCAAUGCGCACUACAAUCUGCAAAAUGCAUUUAACCUGGCAGAACAACACCUGGGCCUCACGAAACUGCUGGACCCUGAGGAUAUCAGUGUGGAUCACCCCGACGAGAAGUCCAUUAUCACCUAUGUGGUCACCUACUACCACUACUUCUCCAAGAUGAAGGCGUUGGCCGUGGAAGGGAAGCGCAUUGGGAAGGUGCUUGACAAUGCUAUUGAAACAGAAAAAAUGAUUGAGAAGUACGAAUCCCUGGCCUCUGACCUUCUGGAAUGGAUCGAACAGACCAUCAUUAUCCUGAACAAUCGCAAAUUCGCCAACUCACUGGUUGGUGUCCAGCAGCAGCUGCAAGCAUUCAACACUUACCGCACGGUGGAGAAACCACCCAAGUUUACUGAGAAGGGGAAUCUGGAAGUCUUGCUCUUCACUAUCCAGAGCAAGAUGAGAGCUAACAACCAAAAGGUUUACAUGCCCCGUGAAGGAAAACUCAUCUCCGACAUCAACAAGGCCUGGGAACGACUGGAAAAGGCGGAGCACGAGAGGGAACUGGCUCUGCGCAAUGAGCUCAUCCGGCAGGAGAAACUGGAACAACUCGCCCGCAGAUUCGACCGCAAGGCGGCGAUGCGAGAGACGUGGCUGAGCGAGAACCAGCGUCUGGUGUCUCAGGACAACUUCGGGUUUGACCUACCCGCCGUGGAAGCUGCCACGAAAAAGCACGAGGCCAUCGAGACAGACAUUGCAGCCUACGAGGAGCGAGUUCAGGCUGUGGUGGCUGUGGCCAGGGAGCUGGAGGCCGAGAACUACCACGACAUCAAGCGCAUCACGGCACGGAAGGACAAUGUCUUCCGGCUCUGGGAGUACCUGCUUGAGCUGCUUCGGGCUAGGCGGCAGCGUCUGGAGAUGAACCUGGGGCUGCAGAAGAUCUUCCAGGAGAUGCUCUACAUCAUGGACUGGAUGGACGAGAUGAAGGUGCUGCUGCUGUCUCAGGAUUAUGGCAAACACCUGCUGGGCGUGGAGGACCUGCUCCAGAAGCACGCGCUAGUGGAGGCCGACAUUGGCAUCCAAGCUGAGCGUGUGAGGGCCGUCAAUGCAUCCGCCCAGAAGUUCGCCACCGAUGGGGAAGGUUACAAGCCGUGCGACCCGCAGGUGAUCCGGGACCGUGUGGCCCACAUGGAGUUCUGCUACCAAGAGCUGUGCCAACUGGCAGCCGAGCGCCGGGCACGGCUGGAGGAGUCUCGGCGGCUCUGGAAGUUCUUCUGGGAGAUGGCUGAAGAGGAGGGCUGGAUCCGCGAGAAGGAGAAGAUCCUGUCCUCCGACGACUAUGGCCGGGACCUCACCAGCGUCCUACGCCUGCUCAGCAAGCACCGUGCCUUUGAGGACGAGAUGAGCGGCCGCAGCGGCCACUUCGAGCAGGCACUGCGCGAGGGCGAGGCCAUGAUUGCCGAGGAGCACUUCGGCUCGGAGAAGAUCCGGGAGCGCAUUGCCGACAUUCGGGGCCAGUGGGCUAGCCUAGCAGAGCUCUCGGCCGUGCGCAAGCGACACCUGGAAGAGGCCUCGCUGCUGCACCAGUUCCAGGCCGACGCCGACGACGUGGAUGCCUGGAUGCUGGACAUCCUUAAGAUCGUGUCCAGCAGCGACGUGGGCCACGACGAGUACUCGACGCAGUCCCUGGUCAAGAAGCACAAGGACGUGGCCGAGGAGAUCGCCAGCUACCGGCCGGCCCUGGACUCGCUGCACGAGCAGGCAGGCGCACUGCCCGCUGAGCAUGCCGCGUCCCCUGCCGUGCAGGGCCGGCUGGCGGGCAUGGAGGAGCGCUACCGCGAGGUGGCCGAGCUGACGCGGCUGCGCAAGCAGGCCCUGCAGGACACCCUGGCAUUGCACAAGAUGUUCAACGAGGCCGACGCCUGCGAGCUCUGGAUCGACGAGAAGGAGCAGUGGCUGGACAACAUGCAGAUCCCUGAGAAGCUCGAGGAUCUAGAGGUGAUCCAGCACAGGUUUGAGAGCCUGGAGCCCGAGAUGAACAGCCAGGCUUCGCGGGUGGCCGUGGUGAACCAGAUCGCUCGGCAGCUGAUGCACAGUGGCCAUCCGAGCGAGAAAGACAUCAAGGCGCAGCAGGACAAGCUCAACACCAGGUGGAGUCAGUUCCGGGAGCUGGUGGACCGCAAGAAGGACGCACUUCUCUCUGCCCUGAGCAUUCAGAACUACCACCUGGAGUGCAACGAGACCAAAUCAUGGAUCCGGGAGAAGACCAAGGUGAUCGAGUCCACCCAGGACUUGGGCAACGACCUGGCAGGUGUCAUGGCGCUGCAGCGCAAGCUGACGGGCAUGGAGCGGGACCUGGUGGCCAUCGAGGCCAAGCUGAGCGACCUGCAGAAGGAGGCUGAGAAGCUGGAGUCAGAGCACCCAGACCAGGCGCAGGCCAUCCUGGCACGGCUGGCGGAGAUCAACAGCGUGUGGGAGGAGAUGAAGACCGCCCUGCGGAACCGGGAGGCUUCCCUGGGAGAGGCCAGCAAGCUGCAGCAGUUCCUGCGGGACCUGGACGACUUCCAGUCAUGGCUGUCACGGACACAGACCGCCAUCGCCUCCGAGGACAUGCCCAACACGCUGAUGGAGGCUGAGAAGCUGCUCACGCAGCACGAGGGCAUCAAGAAUGAGAUCGACAACUACGAGGAGGACUACCAGAAGAUGCGGGACAUGGGUGAGAUGGUGACGCAAGGCCAGACUGAUGCUCAGUACAUGUUCUUGCGCCAGCGGCUCCAGGCGCUCGACACAGGCUGGAACGAGCUGCACAAGAUGUGGGAAAACAGGCAGAGCCUCCUGUCCCAGUCCCAUGCCUACCAGCAGUUCCUGCGCGACACCAAGCAGGCCGAGGCCUUUCUCAACAACCAGGAAUAUGUCUUGGCGCACACUGAAAUGCCUACCACCCUGGAAGGCGCAGAGGCCGCUAUCAAGAAGCAAGAGGACUUCAUGACCACCAUGGACGCCAAUGAGGAGAAGAUCAACGCAGUGGUGGAGACCGGCCGGAGACUGGCGAGCGACGGCAACAUCAGCUCAGACCGCAUCCAGGAGAAGGUGGACUCCAUUGAUGACAGACACAGGAAGAACCGCGAGGCAGCCAGUGAACUUCUGAUGCGGCUGAAGGACAACAGGGACCUUCAGAAAUUCUUGCAAGAUUGUCAGGAGCUCUCUCUCUGGAUCAAUGAGAAGAUGCUCACAGCCCAGGACAUGUCAUACGACGAAGCCAGAAACCUACACAGCAAAUGGUUAAAACAUCAGGCAUUCAUGGCAGAGCUGGCAUCCAACAAAGAAUGGCUGGACAAAAUUGAGAAAGAGGGAAUGCAGCUCAUUUCUGAAAAGCCAGAGACGGAAGCUGUGGUGAAGGAGAAACUCACUGGUCUGCACAAAAUGUGGGAAGUGCUGGAGUCUACCACCCAGACAAAGGCCCAGCGGCUCUUUGAUGCCAACAAGGCCGAGCUGUUCACCCAGAGCUGUGCUGACCUGGACAAGUGGCUGCAUGGUCUGGAGACCCAGAUCCAGUCCGAUGACUAUGGCAAAGACCUCACAAGUGUCAACAUCCUGCUAAAAAAGCAGCAGAUGCUGGAGAACCAGAUGGAGGUGAGGAAGAAGGAGAUCGAGGAGCUGCAGAGCCAGGCCCAGGCCCUGAGCCAGGAGGGGAAGAGCACAGAUGAGGUGGACAGCAAGCGGCUCACAGUGCAGACCAAGUUUCGGGAGCUGCUAGAGCCCCUGAAUGAGCGGAAACAGUACCUGCUGGCAUCUAGAGAGAUCCACCAGUUCAAUAGAGACGUGGAGGAUGAGAUCCUGUGGGUUGGAGAGCGGAUGCCCUUGGCCACAUCCACAGACCAUGGUCACAACCUGCAGACGGUGCAGCUUCUGAUAAAGAAGAAUCAGACCCUGCAGAAGGAGAUCCAGGGCCACCAGCCACGCAUCGAUGACAUCUUCGAGCGGAGCCAGCACAUUGUGACGGAUAGCAGCCCCAACGCCGAGGCCAUCCGUCAGCGGCUGGCUGACCUGCGGCAGCUGUGGGGCUUGGUCAUCGCCGAGGCUGAGAAGCGGCACAAGCGGCUGGAGGAGGCGCAUCGUGCCCAGCAGUACUACUUCGACGCAGCUGAGGCCGAGGCCUGGAUGAGCGAGCAGGAGCUGUACAUGAUGUCCGAGGAGAAGGCGAAGGAUGAGCAGAGUGCCGUGUCCAUGUUGAAGAAACAUCAGAUUUUGGAGCAAGCUGUGGAGGACUAUGCAGAGACGGUACACCAGCUAUCCAAGACCAGCCGAGCCCUGGUGGCUGAAGGCCAUCCUGAGAGCGAGCGCAUCAGCAUGCGACAGUCUAAGGUGGACAAGCUGUAUGCAGGCCUGAAGGACCUGGCCGAGGAGCGCAGGGGGAAGCUGGACGAGCGACACCGGCUGUUCCAGCUCAACCGGGAGGUGGACGACCUGGAGCAGUGGAUCGCCGAGCGGGAGGUGGUCGCCGGCUCACACGAGCUGGGCCAGGACUACGAGCAUGUCACGAUGCUGCAGGAACGGUUCCGAGAAUUUGCCCGGGAUACAGGCAACAUCGGCCAGGAGCGCGUAGACACAGUGAAUCAUAUGGCUGACGAACUCAUCAACUCUGGGCACUCGGACGCGGCCACCAUCGCAGAGUGGAAGGAUGGGCUCAACGAGGCAUGGGCCGACCUGCUGGAGCUCAUCGACACACGGACGCAGAUCCUGGCUGCGUCCUAUGAGCUGCACAAGUUCUACCACGAUGCCAAGGAGAUCCUCGGGCGCAUCCAGGACAAACACAAGAAGUUGCCCGAGGAGCUGGGGCGAGACCAGAACACAGUGGAGACCCUGCAGCGCAUGCACACCACCUUCGAGCACGACAUCCAGGCCCUCGGCACACAGGUGCGGCAGCUGCAGGAGGACGCAGCCCGGCUCCAGGCGGCCUAUGCAGGCGACAAGGCUGAGGACAUCCAGAAACGAGAGAACGAGGUGCUGGGAGCCUGGAAGGCCUUGUUGGACGCGUGUGAGGGCCGCCGGGCACGGCUGGUGGAUACUGGCGACAAGUUCCGCUUCUUUAGCAUGGUGCGAGACCUAAUGCUGUGGAUGGACGACGUCAUCCGGCAAAUUGAGGCACAGGAGAAGCCCAGGGACGUCUCCUCCGUGGAGCUCUUAAUGAACAACCAUCAGGGCAUCAAGGCUGAGAUCGACGCCCGGAAUGACAGUUUCACCACCUGCAUUGAGCUUGGGAAAUCCCUGCUGGCGAGAAAACACUAUGCAUCUGAGGAGAUCAAGGAGAAGUUACUGCAGUUGACAGAGAAGAGAAAAGAAAUGAUCGACAAGUGGGAAGACCGGUGGGAAUGGCUAAGACUGAUCCUGGAGGUGCAUCAGUUCUCCAGGGACGCCAGUGUGGCCGAGGCCUGGCUGCUGGGGCAAGAGCCAUACCUGUCGAGCCGAGAGAUAGGCCAGAGCGUGGACGAGGUGGAGAAGCUCAUCAAAAGGCACGAGGCCUUUGAGAAGUCCGCGGCCACCUGGGAUGAGAGAUUCUCUGCUCUGGAGAGACUCACUACGUUGGAGCUACUGGAAGUGCGAAGACAGCAAGAGGAAGAAGAGAGAAAACGACGGCCACCAUCACCUGGGCCCAGCACGAAAGUUUCCGAGGAGGCAGAGUCCCAACAGUGGGACGCAUCCAAAGGAGAGGCAGUGUCCCACAACGGUUUGCCGGCCGACCAGGGAUCCCCACGGAUGGCAGAAAAGGGGGACACAAGCGACUUGGUCAACGGCGCCACGGAGCAGAGGACCAGUUCCAAGGAGUCCAGUCCCAUCCCUUCGCCCACGUCCGAUCGCAAAGCCAAGACUGGUCUCCCGACUCAGGGUGCCGCCACGCUGCCGGCCCGGACACAGGAGGCGCCUUCAGCCCAGAUGGAAGGUUUCCUGAACCGCAAGCACGAGUGGGAGGCCCACAACAAGAAGGCUUCGAGCAGGUCCUGGCAUAAUGUCUACUGUGUCAUCAACAACCAAGAAAUGGGUUUCUACAAAGAUGCCAAGACGGCUGCCUCAGGGAUCCCCUACCACAGCGAGGUCCCCGUGAGCCUACGGGACGCUGUCUGCGAGGUGGCACUUGAUUACAAGAAGAAGAAACAUGUCUUCAAGCUGAGACUGAGCGACGGCAAUGAGUACCUCUUCCAAGCCAAAGAUGAGGAGGAAAUGAACACUUGGAUCCAGGCCAUCUCCUCCGCCAUCUCCUCCGACAAGCAGGAGGUGUCCGCCAGCACCCAGAGCACGCCGGCAUCCAGCCGGGCACAGACCUUGCCCACCAGCGUCGUCACCAUCACCAGCGAGUCCAGUCCCGGCAAGCGGGAGAAGGACAAAGAAAAGGACAAAGAGAAACGAUUCAGCCUAUUUGGCAAAAAGAAAUGAACUCCUUCCUCUCGCCCUGCCUUUCUCAUUCCUCUCCGUGAAUUUCCAGCAUGCAAGCUCAGAACAACACAUCACUUACUCUGUGCCUAAUGUUCCUCCAUGUGUUUGGGGUUGGUUUGGGGUUUUUUUGGGUUUUGUUUUGUUUUUGGGUUUGUUUUUUGUAAUUUAUAGAGCAUUUGGGGGGGAGGGGUUGGGGAAAAUACACCUAAAGAAAAACAAAACAAAAACACUUUAUCUCCAAGUUACAAAAGUUUGAGGUGCAGAGGGAAGACCCAAUUUUUUUUUAAUGAAAUUCUAUAUAGAUUAGCUCUCACUAUUUAAACAGUUCCUCAAUUUUGUGAGGCUGUGUUGGGAAUGACCCGCCUCUCGUGCUGUUGGUACGCCUAGCAGCGGUGCUUAGUCAAUACUCCUUGCUCCUCAGACAGACGUGCCGUCUCCGGCACCACAUCCUUCCAUGUACUUCCGGAGGUCUCCUGGGGGGUCCUGGCUACACAAGGGGUCUGACCUUGGCUCAGCAGACCCCGAGUCCUGAUCACGCUGCAACCAGAGUGCAGCUCCACAUUAACUACUCUACAAACCAAACCGUUUGUAUCCAGCCUCACGUACUAACCCAUGACAUGCAGCUUUUCUGCAUCACUGGUGACAACGGUUAAGAAUGUCAGUAUACCCGAAGGCAUAGAAAACUGUUUUAAAGAUUCUGUAAUUUCAACUCUUUCUUUUUUUUUUUUUCUGAAAUACAUUAUAUUGUAUGUUUGAGAUAAUUCUAGUACAAAGUAUAAUAAAACUAGAUGUAUAAUAAACCCUUUAAAUCAUUGGUAAGUGUACAAGUGGAACCGAAGCAUUUACUGGACAAAGUCAUGUUACUCUAAUGGUUACUUGCUCGUGCGUUACCACACUGUGUUAUAAUUUGCUUCAUUACCUGCUCUCGGAGACAUAGUGUGUAUUUCUCUGUCACUGUAAUGAUUGUAAUGACCGAUUUUCAUCUUACUGCACAAUCAGAAUGACCUUGAUAGGAAUGAGCUCGAAGCUGGGCCUGAAGAAGGAGGUGGUCGACCGCCCAGGCUUGGUGCUCUAUUGUUUGACCUGUACCUCUUGACUUUGGCCCUAUCCGUUAAAAUAUAUGCUAUGUCAUUAAAUGCUUUUAAAUCUA